GGAAAUACAAUAGUUGGACAGUCCACUAUUGAAGUACGUGAGCUGAUCGAUUCACAAGGGAGAGUUUUUAUAACCUUAAGAACAAAUAACACACUUUUAAACAAACAAACAAAUGGAAAACAACGAAACAGACGGAAAGGGUGUUAAAUAUUAUCGACUGUCAGAGGUGGAGGAACGGAACUCUUUUAAAAGCACAUGGAUUAUCAUUAAUAAUAAAGUGUACGACGUCACAAAGUUUCUCGAGGAGCACCCGGGUGGAGAGGAGGUGCUGCGAGAGCAGGCGGGUGGAGAUGCCACCGAGAGUUUUGAAGAUGUGGGUCACUCCACAGAUGCACGAGAGAUGGCCAGCUCUUUUCUCAUAGGAGAGCUGCAUCCAGAUGACAGGGACAAGUUUGUCAAACCACCAGUAUCAACGAGCGCACAAGAAAGCACAAGGUAAGUUCAAAAGAACGACCGAAUGCUGUGCCUACGAAUAAAGCUGGUGGUCAAACUGGUUGAUUCCUGCCCUCGCCGCGCUGAUCGUCACCAUGAUGUACCGUAUCUACACGGCUGAGGAGGCAUGAUGGGAUGCUUCUCUCUCUUAACCCUUUUCAGGUUUUCCCAUUACUAUAAAGAGUCUCCUAAUGAAGGCAACGUUUGUGUUCGUUUCUAUGUUUGUUGUCACAAACCCAUUGAGAUUUAAAUACUGAUCUAUAUAUACAGAUGUUUUUAUGAUACAUGAAAGGAUAUCUUAGACAUAGCAUUAUAAAUACACAUACUAAAGAUGAAGUUUUGACUGUCUUAAUUGUUUUCUGUCAUGUAGUACUGUGCGUGUACCAUUUAAAUGUCUAUGCUGAAGUGGGGGAUAUCCUGAAUAUUACACACACGCAUAAAAACAGCAUUUUGUUCCUCAAAGAAAUAAUUUAGUUUCACCUCAGAUGCUGUUAAUCUUCAUUAAGUUGAUUGUACUUGGACCAGAGGGAAAUUAUACAAAUGUACAAAUUCUUAACAGGAGAAUAAAUAAAAUGCCAGAUGUUACGGUUUAUACAGUAUAUAUUAAAAAAAUCUGGUUAUAAAUAUGCCAAAUCUGACAGAUUCAGUGGAUAUUCUGCAAAAAAAAGAGUGAAUCUGAUGAUAUGCACAUUUAUCUCCAAAAUCAAAAAUAAAUAAAUAUAUAUAUAUAUUUUUUUUUUGCACUGAUACAGUAAGACUUGAUGUUUUUUUAAGAAGUCUGUUCUUCAUUUAUCUGUUCAAAAAUACAGAAAAAAUCAGUAAUCUUGAAAAAUUUUAUUACAAUAUAAAAUAAUGGUUUCUAUUUAAAUAUCAUUUAAAAUAUAAUUGUUUGCUGUGAUGCAAAGCUGAAUUUCCAACAGCAUCAUUCCUCCAGUCUUCAGUGUCACAUGAUCUUCAGAAAUCAUCCUAAUAUGAUAUUUAUUAUUAGAAUUAUCACUUUUUUUUUUUUUUUUUUGGAAACGGCAAUACUUUUUUCAGGAUUCUUUGAUGAAUAAUAAGUUAAAAAAGAACAGCAUUUAUUCCAAAUACAAAUAUUUUCUAAAAAUAUAAAUCUUUACUAUCACUUCUUAACAACUUAACACAUCCUUGCUGAAUAAAGAAUAAAAAUGUACCGACCCCAAACUAUUGAAGUGUAUAUUUUAGUGUAUAUUGUUAGAAAAUGUUUAGAUUUUAAAUAAAUGCUCUUCUUUUUAUCUUUUUAUUCAUCAAAGAAUCCUAAAAAAAAAAAAAAAAGUAUCACAGCUUCCAAAAAAAAAUCAGCUCUGAUAGUAAAUCAUCAUAUCAGACUGAUUUCUGAAGAUCAUGUGACACUGAAGACUGGAGGAAUGAUGCUGAAAAUAAAUUUGAUUUCAAUGUAUAUUAAAAAUAGAAAAACUUUAUUUUACAUUAUAAUAAAAUUUCACAAUAUAAUUUGAUCAAAUAAAUGCAGCCUUGAUGAGCAGAAGAGACUCCUGUAAAAUCAUAAAAAAAUCCUUCUGAUCCCAAACUGUUGACCGGUAGUGUAUAUAUACUUUUUUUGCAUUAUCAUAAUGACAGUGGGAAGAGAUUUAGUUUAAUUGUCAUAAAAAAAAAAGUCAUAAUUUCUUUUGAAUUUGGGGUGAAACAUAACUUAACCAAAACGAUCAUCCUGUGCUUAGACAAUCAGCUAGAAGUCUCCGCAUGUUAUUAUCUGUAGUGAACAGCAACACUGUAAUAAUCAUAUUUUUGGCUGCCAGUUACACAUUGAUGUGUAAACGGUGCUCAUGCAUUCCCUUUUUUUCUUUAACAAAAAUGAAUGUAAUAUACUUGAUACUUUCCCAUAGAAACAUCCUUCCAGAUGUGACGGUGUGUGUUCACUGCUCUGAAACAGAAGCUGCUCCACACUAAUGCUAACGACUGAGAGAACCACACAUUGUAACAUUGUGCAUAUUGUUUUAUGUCACAUUGACUGAUGCAGCAGACAUAUCAUUCAGUUUUACUGUAUUCCAAUAAACAAAGAAACCGAUUGUGA